UCUAUAUUUUUAGUUUUAAAAAAAGAAAAUUUUAGAUAAAUUUAAAUGAUUUUUAUAUUUUCUUAAAUUAUUAAAAUAUAAUUUCGAAAACUUGAACAAAAUAAAUAUUAAUUUAAAAAAUUAGAAUUAAUGUUGCCAUAAAGUUCUUCCAUCAAAAAUAUAAACUACAAAUCAAGAGCCCGAAAUGGGUGCAGUGUUAUUCAGAAGAUUACUGUUGAUUGGUGUUAUAGUGUUAAGCUUGUUUGAAAAUAUAAUUGCAGUUGAAAAAUGCAAAACACCUUAUCCUGAAUAUAGCGAUGGAUGGUGCGUUCCAAUACAACAAUGUAAAAUUAUUCAAGAAGCUAUUAAAAUAUUAAGUUUGGUUCCAAAAAGAUAUCAAGAUUUUAUAAAAAACUCAAAAUGUGAAGAUGAGCCAGAAGAAAAAUAUUGCUGCAUCUUAAAACAUAUUCAUCCGACGUUUAUUAAAUUCCAUAAUCUAGAAAAUUUAAACGACUCCAAUAGUUCGAUUUGUAAUGAAACAGAUACUCUUGAUGAGCCUAUUAUCGAUAAAGUCGAUACCGUUUCCAGUAUUGUAAGCUAUUCAGAUACCGAAGAUAUUAAUUCACAUCCCAAUUUUAAAUUUUUACCAAAUAAUUGUGGAGAAAUUUCAGAAAACGAUAGAAUAUCAUUUGGUAAUUUAGCUGGUUUAAAAGAAUUUCCAUUUAUGGUUCUUUUACAAUAUAAUAAACGAAAACCAUAUUUUGGUUGUGGUGGGACUUUAAUCAAUGAUAGAUAUGUUUUGACGGCAGCUCAUUGUAUUGUUUCUAGUCUAUUUAGUGUUCGAAUUGGUGAGCACACUAUCGAUAAUAUAGAAGACUGUCAGCCUUUUGAUGAAGAAUAUGAUGACGAAAUGAUAUGUAAUGAUCCGGUUCAAGAUAUUCCAAUCGAAAAUAAAAUAGCACACAAGAGAUUUGAUAGAUUUAAAGGAACGAAUGAUAUUGCACUUUUACGUCUAGAGCGACCUGCUAAUUUUGAAGUUAACAAUGUUAAAACUAUUUGUUUACCAAUAAAAGUACAACCAACGAAUGUUACAUUUAGUUCAGGAGUUAUUGCUGGCUGGGGUACAACAGAAAAUGGAACAACGUCAAAGAUACUCUUAAAGGGAAAUUUACUUGUUAAUAAGGAAAGAGAAAAAUGUAUCGAAACAUAUAAUAGAGUUUAUUCAGUUGAUGUAACCGAUACUUUCAUAUGUGCAACAGGAGCAAAAAAUGUAGAUACUUGUGAUGGUGAUUCUGGUGGACCAUUGUUUCAGCGUUUUCAGUUAGAAAAAGGAGAACCGAAAAAAUAUGUACAAAUGGGAGUUGUUUCAGCUGGACCACGUAUUAAAUGUGGAGAUUCUAAUGUAAAUGGUGGAUCACUUUACACGAAUGUUCAAAAAUAUAUUAAAUGGAUUUUAAAUAAUUUAAAACCAUAAUAAUAUCAUUCUAUAAUUUUAUAAUUUUUUUUUUUAAUUUAACAUUAAUUUUUAUAAUAAAUUAUAAUAGUUAUUAUACAACAUAGUAA